AUCAAAUGUUUGAAAUUAGUUAUAAUUUAUAAAACUCCUUCGAAAGCCAUGCAUUAUUUUAUGAACUUUUAAUUAAGUACUGAAUAAUUAGGAACGAAUUGAUUAAAAGAAAUAGGAUUUACGAAAAAUAGGGAAAUAUAAUAUUAUAAAAUAUUCGAUUAUAAAUAAAUAGGAACAAUUAAGUACAUUUAAUUUGCAGCUUGAAAUUGUCUUCUUCCACUCAAGUAGUACUGCACUCUCACGAUUCGUCACUCCCAAAAAAAAAAAAAAAAUCAAAACCCAACUUCUGGCGGACGAUGGCCGCGGCGGAGCUCAGCCGCAGAGGCGGCGGAAUAACAAGGCUCGGGCUGCAGGUAGUUACCGGCAGGUGGUUCAUGGUGUUCGCCUGCCUACUAAUAAUGUCAAUGUCCGGCGCCACCUACAUAUUCGGCAUCUACUCCAACGACAUCAAAACCUCGUUGGGCUACGACCAGACAACCCUAAACCUAAUCGGAUUCUUCAAGGACCUCGGCGGCAACAUCGGAAUCGUCUCCGGCGUAAUCAACGAGGUCACGCCGCCGUGGGUCGUCCUCGCCAUCGGCGUCGCCAUGAACUUCACCGGCUACUUCCUCAUCUGGCUCGCCGUCACCGGCCGCACCCCCAAGCCGCACGUGUGGCAGAUGUGCCUCUACAUUUGCGUCGGCGCCAACUCCCAGACCUUCUCCAACACCGGCGCGUUAGUCACGUGCGUCAAGAAUUUCCCCGAGAGCAGGGGCAUCGUCAUCGGACUCCUAAAAGGCUUCACCGGAUUAAGCGGCGCCAUCAUCACGCAGCUAUUCCGCGCGUUUUACGGCCACAACUCGAAGGCGCUGAUUUUCCUCAUCGCCUGGCUGCCGGCGGCGGUCAACUCCGUCUUCCUCAGAACCGUUCGUCUGAUGAAAGCUUCUUCCAAUCAGCAAAAGAACGAGAUCAGAAUCUUCUACAACCUUCUCUACGCAUCUCUCUUCUUAGCCGGGUUUCUAAUGAUUCUAAUCAUCCUCCAAAACGGCGUCGUUUUCAGCAGAGCAGAGUACGCCGGAAGUACCGCCGUCGUCCUCCUCCUCCUUUUCUCCCCACUAGCCAUCGUCUUCAGAGAAGAAUACAAUACUUUGACGAACAAUAAAGUAAUAACUACCAUAGAAAACCCAACACCGGCGGCGGUGCCGUGGUGGAAGGACGUGUUCACACCGCCGGAAAGAGGGGAGGACUACAACAUACUGCAGGCGGUUUUCAGCAUAGAUAUGAUCAUACUUUUCACCGCGAUAACGUUCGGGAUCGGCGGAACCCUAACCGCCAUUGACAACUUGGGGCAGAUCGGAAAAGCUUUGGGGUACCCGGCAAAGAGCAUCACCACCUUCGUGUCACUGGUCAGCAUAUGGAACUACCUCGGCCGAGUCACGUCGGGUUUCGCGUCGGAGAUUUUCUUGGCCAAGUACAAGUUCCCCCGGCCGUUGAUGCUGAGUUUGGUGCUUCUUCUCUCUUGCUCCGGCCAUCUUCUGAUCGCGUUCGGGGUGAAGGACUCGCUGUACGUUGCUUCCGUGAUUAUGGGGUUCUGCUUCGGAGCGCAGUGGCCGUUGAUUUUCGCGAUUAUUUCGGAAAUUUUCGGGCUGAAAUACUAUUCCACUUUGUACACUUUGGGCGGCGGAGCAAGCCCGCUGGGCGCUUAUAUAUUGAAUGUUAGAAUAGCUGGAUAUUUGUACGACAGAGAAGCGACGAAGCAGCUGGCGGCGAAAGGGCUAGUGAGAAGGAAAGGGGAGGAUUUGAGUUGCUCCGGGGUGGAGUGCUACAAGGUGGCGUUUCUUAUAAUCACCGCCGCCACACUCGUCGGAUGCGCUGUUUCUUCGGUUUUGGUGGUCAGAACGAGGAAGUUUUACAGAGGGGAUAUAUAUAAGAAGUUCAGAGAGGAAAGUGUUGCAGAGUAGGUUUUCUUGAUAAUAUAUAUGCAUGAUUAUUAUGAUUUGGUUUCUCUAUUAGCUUAUAGUAAAUAGUACUAUAAAUUGUGUAUGUAUCAUGGUCAUGGAUAUAUAUAAUAAAUGCAUGGUAAAUUACGGUCACACCUCCGAGAUAAAGUCAAAUUAUGGAACCUCUCGUAUUUGGGUAAUUAUAAUAAUUCCAGUGUCAAAUUUAGUGAAAUCUUAGAAAUUAUGUGGAA